GCGCCGCAGCAUCUCCGCCACCAACGCUGCCGCCGGGCCUCCUCGCCGCCCCCUCCCCGGCCUGGCCGCCUCCCGCCGCCGCCUCCGCCGCCGCCAUUCCUGGCGCCCUAGCUCGCCCGGCCGGGAGCAGCCGCGGUCAGGACGCGCGCUCCAGACUCUACCAACUCCAGAUAGUAGAAAGAAACCAUAUGCUGAAAUGCUUGACAACACUGAUCGUUUGCAAAGAUUCCUGAAGACGUCUUUCUAGAAGUGACUGGAAAAUUUCAAGAGGCGUAAGAUACAGAUGGUGUUUCUUUGUGACUUCUUCCAGGCCCUGGCUCAACUCUGGUCUGAAAAUCAAAACAGCACCGGUGGUGUGUGAGAGAGCUGGUGGUCAGCACAGCCACUGUUAGAAAUUAAAUACAUGGACUUCAAGUGAAACAAAUUGUAUUUUAAAAGACACCAGUUUCCAAAGAGAGAAAUCCUCUCCUGGCUCUGGACUCAGCCUGGGCUGACCGCAGCCUGCUUAUUGGGACGCCAAGAGGACUAACUGCAGUUGGGGACCUCGCAUUUCUUGAGGCCCUAAAGAAGUAUCAAGGGGGCUUUGACAUUGCGGUGGUGAGAGCGGCCCCUCCUCACCUGGAGAACUGGGAAAUGUGGAUUCUCAGGGACCACGUUGCUCACCAGCUCCAGGCUGUGCUGUUGGCCCUGGUCCUGGGGCGCUGAGUCGCAUCCGCAAUAGCACACUUGCCUGGCCACUUGCUGCGUGAGCCUUUGUGGCUGGAGGCCCUGGGGCUGCCCCUACCUGAUGAAGAUGCGCACCCCCAUUAGGGGGCUGCUCACGGCCCUUGCACUGGUGUUUGGGACAGCGAUGGCAUUUGCACCCAUGCCCCGGAUCACCUGGGAGCACAGAGAGGUGCAUCUCUUGCAGUUUCACGAGCCGGACAUCUACAACUAUUCAGCCUUGCUGCUGAGCGAGGACCAGGACACCUUGUACAUAGGCGCCCGGGAGGCGAUCUUCGCUGUGAACUCACUCAAUGUCUCUGAGAAGCAGCACGAGGUACAUUGGAAGGUCUCAGAAGACAAAAAAGCAAAAUGCGCAGAAAAGGGGAAAUCAAAACAGACAGAGUGCCUCAACUAUAUCCGGGUGCUGCAGCCGCUCAGCGCCACUUCCCUUUACGUGUGUGGGACCAACGCAUUCCAGCCGGCCUGUGACUACCUGAGCUUAACAUCCUUUAAGUUUCUGGGGAGAAAUGAAGAUGGCAAAGGAAGAUGUCCCUUUGACCCAGCACACAGCUACACAUCCGUCAUAGUUGAUGGAGAACUUUAUUCGGGGACGUCGUAUAAUUUUUUGGGAAGUGAACCCAUCAUCGCCCGAAAUUCUUCCUCUAGUCCCCUGAGAACGGAAUAUGCAAUCCCUUGGCUGAACGAGCCUAACUUCGUGUUUGCUGACGUGAUCCGAAAAAGCCCAGACAGCCCCAACGGCGAGGAUGACAGGGUCUACUUCUUCUUCACGGAGGUGUCUGUGGAGUACGAGUUUGUGUUCAGGCUGCAGAUCCCACGGAUAGCAAGAGUGUGCAAGGGGGACCAGGGUGGCCUGAGGACCUUGCAGAAGAAGUGGACCUCCUUCCUGAAGGCCCGACUCAUCUGCUCCCAGCCGGACAGCAGCUUGAUCUUCAAUGUGCUGCGAGACGUCUUCGUGCUCAGGUCCCCAGGCCUGAAGGGGCCUGUGUUCUACGCGCUCUUCAGCCCACAGCUGAACAACGUGGGGCUGUCGGCAGUGUGUGCCUACAACCUGUCCACGGCCGAGGAGGUCUUCUCCCACGGGAAGUACAUGCAGAGUGCCACGGUGGAGCAGUCCCACACCAAGUGGGUGCGCUACAAUGGCCCGGUACCCAAGCCGCGGCCUGGAUCGUGCAUCGACAGCGAGGCGCGGGCAGCCAACUACACCAGCUCCUUGAAUUUGCCAGACAAGACGCUGCAGUUCGUCAAAGACCACCCUCUGAUGGACGACUCUGUAACCCCAAUAGACAACAGGCCCAGGUUAAUCAAGAAAGAUGUGAACUACACCCAGAUCGUGGUGGACCGGACCCAGGCUCUGGAUGGGACUGUCUAUGACGUCAUGUUUGUCAGCACUGACCGGGGAGCUCUGCACAAAGCCAUCAGCCUCGAGCACUCCGUGCACAUCAUCGAGGAGACCCAGCUUUUCCAGGACUUUGAGCCAGUCCAGACCCUGCUGCUGUCUUCAAAGAAGGGCAGGAGGUUCGUCUAUGCUGGCUCUAACUCGGGUGUGGUCCAGGCCCCACUGGCCUUCUGCGGGAAGCACAGCACCUGCGAGGACUGUGUGCUGGCGCGGGACCCUUACUGCGCCUGGAGCCCGCCCACGGCGACCUGUGUGGCUCUGCACCAGACCGAGAGUCCCAGCAGGGGUUUGAUUCAGGAGAUGAGCGGCGAUGCCUCUGUGUGCCCGGAUAAAAGUAAAGGAAGUUACCGGCAGCAUUUUUUCAAGCACGGUGGCACAGCAGAGCUGAAAUGCUCCCAAAAGUCCAACCUGGCCCAGGUGUUUUGGAAGUUCCAGAAUGAUGUGUUGAAGGUCGAGAGCCCCAAGUAUGGUCUUAUGGGCAGAAAAAACUUGCUUAUCUUCAACCUGUCAGAAGGAGACAGUGGGGUGUACCAGUGCCUGUCAGAGGAGAGGGUUAAGAACAAGACGGUCUUCCAAGUGGUUGCCAAGCAUGUCCUGGAAGUGAAGGUGCUUCCAAAGCCCGUGGUGGCCCCCACCUUGCCAGUUGUUCAGACAGAAGGUAGCAGGAUUGCCACCAAAGUGUUGGUGGUAUCCUCCCAAGGGUCUUCUUCCCCGACUCCAGCCGUGCAGGCCACCUCCUCUGGGGCCAUCACCCUUCCUCCCAAGCCUGCAUCCACCGGCACAUCCUGCGAACCAAAGAUCGUCAUCAACACGGUCCCCCAGCUUCACUCAGAGAAAACCAUGUAUCUUAAGUCCAGCGACAACCGCCUCCUCAUGUCCCUCUUCCUCUUCUUUUUUGUUCUCUUCCUCUGCCUCUUCGUCUACAACUGCUAUAAGGGCUACCUGCCUGGACAGUGCUUGAAAUUCCGCUCGGCCCUGCUGCUCGGGAAGAAAAAGCCCAAGUCAGAUUUUUGUGACCGUGAGCAGAGCCUGAAGGAGACAUUGGUGGAGCCAGCGAGCUUCUCCCAGCAGAAUGGGGACCACCCCAAGCCGGCCCUGGACACUGGCUAUGAGACCGAGCAAGACACCAUCACCAGCAAAGUCCCCACGGACAGGGAGGACUCGCAGAGGAUUGACGACCUCUCUGCCAGGGACAAGCCCUUCGACGUCAAGUGUGAGCUGAAGUUCGCCGACUCAGACGCAGAUGGAGACUGAGGCCGGCUGUGUGUCCCCACCGGCGCCUCGGCCGUGAUGUGUCCAGGCGUGGAGAGUUUUGUGUUUCUGCUGUUCAGUAUCCAAGUCUCGUGCAGUGCUGCGUAGGUUAGCCCGCGUCGUGCAGACAACCCUAGUCCUCUGUCUAUUUUCUCUUGGGUUGAGCCUGUGACUUGGUUUCUCUUUGUCCUUUUGGAAAAAUGACAAGCAUUGCAUCCCGGUCUCGUGGUCCGCAGUCAGCCGGAGCACUUUAAGAAGUCCUGCAGGUGGCGCGGAGUUCCUGAGCCCUUUCUGUAGUGGGGGAAAGGUGGCUGGACCUCUGUUGGCUGAGAAGAGCAUCCCUUCGGCUUCCCCUCCUCCUAGCAGCCACUAAAAGAUGAUUUAAUUCCAGAUUGGAAAUGACGUUUUAGUUUAUCAGAUUGGUAACUUAUCGCCUGUUGUCCAGAUUGGCACGAACCUUUUCUUCCACUUAAUUAUUUUUUUAGGAUUUUGCUUUGAUUAUGUUGAUGUCAUAGGUCAUUUUUUUAAAAUUACAUAAGCAGGUGUUUUAAUAUUUAGAAGAAGAUGUAUAUCUUCCAUAUUUUGUUAUAUAUUUGGGAUAAAAUAUGGCUUACUUUGCUUAAGAUUCUCAGGGAUAAACUUCCUUUUGCUAAAUGCAUUCUUUCUGCUUUUAGAAAUGUAGACAUAAACACACCUCGGAGCACACUCACCUUUUUCUUGUUUUAACUUUAUUUUUUGAGGGAAGCAUCGUUUUUGAAGAAAUUUUCUUUCUGUACUUCAUUUUUCUUUUUUUUUAACUUUUACUCUCUCAAAGACGAGGACCUUCCCAUGUCCGCGAGGUGGGUUUUGAGCAAGGCAAGGUGACCCAGGUGAGCUGAGUGGAGCCAGGCUGGCCCAGAGCUGAGACGGGGAGUGCAGUACAAUCUGGUGCCCACAGCCGUCGGUCCGAUCCUCCCAUUGAGACAGAUGGAACCUUCCCAAAGGCGCCUUUGGUUCUCUGAAUGUCUCCUUUCUCUUCUUGCUUCAAUUUCAUACCCACUGCCUGUGCAGACUCUCCAUCCAGACUCCCUGCGCUGCUCACCACUGGAAGGCAACUGGGCCCUCUCGAGUGCACGGCGCUGUUCCUGGCACUGUCCUGAAGAUGUGAAUGGGUGGUACGAUUUCAACGCUGGUUAAUUUCAUGCUCCAUCUCCCUGCUUUGUAAAUACCCAUCAGGAAGAGACACUUUUUCCAUGGCGAAGAGCAAUAAACUCUGGAUGUUUGUGUGCGUGUGUGGACAGUCUCAUCUUCCAGCAUGAUAGGAUUUGACCAUUUUGGUGUAAACAUUUGUGUUUUAUAAGAUUUACCUUGUUUUUAUUUUUCUACUUUGAAUUGUAUACAUUUGGAAAAUACCCAAAUAAAUGAGAAGCUUCUAUCCUUGA